AUGAAGGGGAUUCUGUUGUUUCUUCUCUUUUGCCAUGAUGCCACUCCAGGUAAUGUAGUGCAGAACUCGCUGAAGUUUGAAUACACUGCGUCCUCUGGAGUCAAAAACAUCCCAGAUUUUGUGGUUGUUGGGUUCGUUGAUGAAGUUCCAGUAGGUCACUGUGACAGCAUCGGGAAGAAAGUAGAAGCUAAACUGGACUGGGCACAAAAACUACUAGAAGAUGAUCCAGAGCACUUGAAGUGGUACACUGGCUGGUGUCUGACAGGCCUACAAGAGAGCAAAGCAUUAACUGACAAUUAUAAGGAAUCUGGAGCUGCCCACACCUUCCAGAGGAUGGAGGGCUGUGAAUGGGACGAUGAGACUGGAGAGGUUAAUGUAUUUGCUCAGUUUGGUCAAGAUGGAGAAGACUUCUUAGCAUUUGACCCAAAGACACUGACAUGGAUCGCACAAAAACCAGAAGCUGAAGAUACCAAACACAUCUGGGACAGUGAUAGACACAGAAAUGAAGAUUGGAAAAACGUUCUUACUCAGCUUUUCCCUGAGUUUUUGAAGAGAUAUUUGGACCUUGGGAAGAGCCAUCUGCUGAGAACAGACCUUCCCUCAGUGUCUCUCCUCCAGAAGACUCCCUCCUCUCCAGUCAGCUGCUUCGCUACAGGUUUCUACCCUGACAGAGCCGAGAUAUUCUGGAGGAAAGAUGGAGAGGAGCUUCAUGAGGAUGUGGAACUUGGACAGAUCCUCCCCAACCAUGAUGGAUCCUUCCAGAUGAAUGUUGACCUGAACCUUUCAUCAGUCACACCUGAAGACUGGAGGAGUUACGAAUGUGUGUUUCAUCUCUCUGGUGUGAAGGACAACAUCAUCACCAAACUGGACAAAACUGUGAUCAAGACCAACUUUGGUAAGACUGGAACACUGAUUUAA